AGCUAGCUAGCACAGGAACAGUUCUUGUAUUUGGCGUUGGCUAUAUAUAUGUGGUGUACUGGUUCCUGCCGAGGCACGCACUCACUCGCCCAUAGAGGAAGAGUGACAACAAGGCCUACCCAAGGCUCUACGCAGGAACGGAAUAAGAGAGCAAGAGAGAGAGGCAAACGGAAGAGAGAUGGAAAUGGAGAGGAGAUCAGUAGCUUAUGAUGCUGAAGGAGGCGAUGAUCAUGAGAGGCAAGGGACGGUGUGGACGGCGACGUCGCACAUCGUGGCGGCGGUGGUGGGCUCCGGCGUGCUGGCGCUGGCGUGGACGGUGGCCCAGAUGGGCUGGGCCGUGGGCCCGCUGGCCCUGCUGGGCUUCUCCUGCGUGACCUACUACACCUCCACGCUCCUCGCCAACUGCUACCGCUACCCGGACCCCGUCUCCGGCACCGUCAACCGCGAGUACAUCGACGCCGUCCGAUGCUACCUCGGGCGGAAGAAUGUGCUGCUGUGUGGGUGCGCGCAGUACGUGAACCUGUGGGGGACGCUUGUCGGCUACACCAUCACCGCAAGCACAAGCAUGAUCGCGGUGAGGCGCGUGAACUGCUUCCACGAGCGCGGCUACGGGGCGUCCGGGUGCAGCACGUCGGGGAGCACAUUCAUGGUGAUCUUCGGCCUGUUCCAGCUCCUCCUCUCGCAGCUCCCGAGCCUCCACAACAUCGCCUGGCUCUCCAUCGUCGCCGUGGCCACGUCCUUCGGCUACUCCUUCAUCAGCUUGGGCCUCUGCGCCGCCAAAUGGCUCUCCUCCCCGAACCACGGCGCCAUCCACGGCACGCUCUCGGGCGCCGGCAGCUUCUCGGGAUCCCCCGAGACAAAGACCUUCAACAUCCUCCUCGCGCUCGGCAACAUGGCCUUCUCCUACACCUUCGCCGACGUGCUCAUCGAGAUCCAGGACACGCUCAGGUCCACGCCCGCCGAGAACAAGACCAUGAAGAAGGCGUCCUUCUACGGGCUCGCCAUGACCACCGUCUUCUACCUCUUCCUCGGGUGCACGGGCUACGCCGCCUUCGGGAACGACGCGCCGGGGAACAUCCUCACGGGCUUCGCCUUCUACGAGCCCUUCUGGCUCGUCGACGUAGCCAACGUUUGCGUCAUCGUGCACCUCAUCGGGGCGUACCAGGUGUUCGCGCAGCCGAUCUUCGCCAGGGUGGAGUCCUACGUGUCGGGCAAGUACCCGGACGCCAAGUUCAUCAACGCCGUCUACUACGUGCGGUUCCUCCCCGUGCUGCCCGCCGUGCCCGUGGCGCCCAUGAAGCUCGUGCUCAGGACGGUCAUCAUCAUGUUCACCACGCUGGUUGCCAUGCUGCUGCCCUUCUUCAACGCCGUGUUGGGGCUGAUUGGGGCGCUGGGGUUCUGGCCGUUGUCCGUGUAUUUCCCCGUGGCGAUGCAUGUGGCCAGGCUCAAGAUUGGGAGAGGGGAAGGGAAGUGGUGGUGGCUGCAGGCCAUGAGCUUCGUGUGCUUGUUGAUCUCCAUUGCGGCCAGCAUUGGGUCCGUGCAGGACAUCGUGCAUAACCUCAAGACCGCCACGCCCUUCAAGACCGUCGACUGAUGGAUAUAUCAUGGAUGUAUCAUAUUAACAGAGCGUGUUUUGGGAUAAUUAACUCCGCUUCUUUUUGGCAUUUGGUCGCUUGAUCCAUCAAGUGUGGGUCGGUUUUUCUUGCUGUUGGUCAUUUGAGCUUUUGCGGAAGGAGUAUAUAUAUAUGCUGUAACUCUGCUUCUGGAGCGAUGAAUGCAAGGAAGAAUAAUUAUUUGCCAA